UGAUAACGAUUUCACCCCACACAUAAACCACGUACGAACUUUCUAAACUAAGGGUGUAAAUACCUAUCACUCAGUUCGAACAAUAUUUUCAUUUUCAAUUACUAGAUUACCCAUCUUCAUUAGGUAAUUAAUUUACAACCCCUCAUCAAUUUUUCUAAUUAAUUCCAUUUGUAAAAGAUCGGUGUUAUGAUAAUCAUGUGUCAGUUGUUGAAAUUAAAGUAUACUGCAAUGACCGGUAAGGUGGCUGCAAUCUCUGUCAUCUUAAUCUUCUGCUUCGCAGAAUGCGCUGCUGGUUCCUGCUUAAGCUACGGACAUUCCUGUUGGGGAGGGCAUGGAAAAAGAAGUGACACAAGUAAUGGGGACACGAAAGAUUCGUCAGUCGACUCCAUAAGUGAUACCAAAUGGGCCCUUUCCCGAUUGUUACAACCCUCGUUCGAUGUGCGCAAAUGGAAAGCCCAGAACGAUGUUGCGGUUCCAAAGCAUUCUAACUUGGAGAACAUUAAAAGUGCUCUUCAAGAUGAUAUCGAUUCAGAUACGCUUGACACAAUGGCUAUAAAUGACGAUUCGCUGUACGUUGACGAACAACCUUCAAGUCGACAUAGAACAGCUGAAGAUAGGAUGAGACUCUAUAAACUCAUUAAAAACAUCAACAGGUUAAACUAAGAUGGACUCUGAGCGAUUUUCUACAUAAAUAGUAAACUCAAACAAAUCCAGGUGUUAUGUUAAAUUUGUAAAUUGAUUGUUAAUUUUAGAACGUGUCUAAUUGUAUCUAGUAGAUAUAAUUUCUAAUGCAGAAUGCCAUUUAAUUAACAUAAGAGAAAGCGAUUCUGUAUUUUGUAAAACGAGCAUCCAAUUACGAAUAGUGUCAAUUUAAUUAAGGUGCCUUGGUCGUUAUCAAUUAAGGGCUGGAAUUGACAAUGUGCAAGGUACUAGCAUGAGCCCAUUAUGUAAAGGACUGUAUUAUAAUAUACCUAAUAGCAUGCUU